AUGAAGUUCAUUAGCAUCAUCCAGAAGCGAGCAGCUGCCGCGCCUGGCAAGUCACUUAUCCUCAACCCAGAGGACUACGCAGCUGCUGGUGGCGAGCUGCUUGUGAUCGCAAUGGUCCUCAGCUGGGUCCUCACGUACAUCUAUGAUCCCGACAUCAUCAAAGACAACCAGCUGAAGAGGCGUGUGGGGUACAACAACCUCUGCGUUGGAUGGGAUAUGGCACCAGCAAAGUAUGUUGCUGCCCCUAUCUUCGUAGGCAUCGUUUUCUUUGAGUCGCGAUUCAUGCAGCUGUCCUAUCAGCGGGCUGCGAUCGACCCAUCCAGCAACCGGAACGAGGACCAAAUAGUCAUGAUCGUCAACUUCUUCAGCACGCUGAGCUGGAUGGCCUGCAUCCUGAUCUUCGUGUGUGACCCGGUGGAGAACGCGACUUUGCACACCUUCUCCUUCGUGCAGCUGGUCGUGUUUGGGUAUUUCGCCUAUGUGGCUAACUUCGUGACAACGGACGUGAAGUACCACCCGCGAGGUUCCCAUGCCUUCAUCGGCAUCUUCGGCUUCUUCUCCUUGAUGUUUGGUUUGUGCGCCGUGGUCCAGUUCCUGACGUACUCGGAGGAGUCUGGUCCUGGCCCAAUCCCGUGGUGGGUGACUGCCAUUGGCGACUAUGGCUGGUUUGUGUGCCUGGGUGUGCAAGGUUACAUGAGGCCGAGGGCGCCCUCACUGCGUUUGGACUUUACUCUAACGAGCGAUGACGACUUUCAGGUCAUCGGUGAAAAGAAGCCGGCGGUUGCUCCUUAG